GGUGCUUUCGCAGCUCACGAAACAUACUCACAGCAAGACAUCCUGGACAUCAUUCAGUAUGCACGUCUGCGAGCAAUCAGAGUGUUGCCAGAGUUCGAUUCUCCUGCUCAUGUUUACGCAUGGGGGAAAGGUAUACCAGAGCUCCUAACAUCUUGUUGGUCAGAUGGAAAACCAAACCAGUUUGUGCCAAAUCUGCAUGCUGACAUGGAAAACAUGGACCCAUCCAGUAAUUACACAUUUGAAUUUCUGGCUGAAUUCUUUCAGGAAAUCAAAGAUUUAUUUGUUGAUAACUAUCUUCACCUGGGAAUGGACGAAGCUCUGUACCAGUGCUGGCAGUCAAAUCCAGACAUCGCCAGUUUCAUGAAACAUCUUGGUCUGGCAGCAGGCGACUAUGUUGGCUUGGAACAAUACUACGAUGAAAGACUGCUCACUAUUGUCAAAAACAUGGAUAGGAAGUCGGUUAUCUGGGAAGAUCCCAUCAACAAUGGAGCAAAUAUUAGCAGAAGCACCUUGAUCCAGCUGUGGAAGGACUACAACCUGGCACCCGCACUGUUUGAGCCCUGGCCAACAUACAUGAAGUCUGCACUUACUGCUGGGUAUCACGUGAUCUUCUCUUCCUGCUGGUAUCUGAACAAAAUCAAUUAUGGACAGGACUGGAAGAAUCUCUACACUUGUGACCCAGCAAGCAUCAAUGCCACCGAGGAAGAGCUGUCACACAUUCUAGGAGGCGAGGCUUGCACCUGGACCGAAUACAUUGAUGAAAAUAACUUACUACAGACUGCAUGGCCCAGGGCAGCGGCUGUAGCUGAACGGUUGUGGAGUCCUGCCAAUAUUACAAGCACAGAUGAUGCUGCAUUCCGGCUUGAUCAGCACCGAUGUCGCCUCAUCAGACAAGGUAUCCCUGCUGCUCCCAUCUCCCCUGGCUUCUGCCAUGAUGACUACAACACAGACAACUCUGGAGUUCACCAACUACAACUUCUGCAAGAUCCACAAGAUGGAUUAUCUCUCCCAACAGCUGAAUCAGGGUCUGUGAGGGACAGCCAAAAGCCCAUCGUUGGAUAA